UAUCAUCGGAGCUGUCAGGACCGGAUGUUACAUGUUUCAUGUCCUCAACAAAAGUGGCUUUAAGCAGUCGGUGUGUGACACCAGCUUCUACAGCGCUCCUGUCAGCAAGUUCUGGGCCUACGCUUUUGUCCUGAGCAAGGCCCCUGAGCUGGGCGACACGGUGUUUAUCGUGCUCCGUAAGCAGCGCCUCAUCUUCCUGCACUGGUACCAUCACAUUACCGUGCUGGUCUACUCCUGGUACUCCUACAAGGACCAGGUGGCCGGUGGUGGCUGGUUCAUGACCAUGAACUACCUGGUCCACUCCUUCAUGUACACCUACUAUGCUGCCCGGGCGGCGGGUUACCGGGUGCCCCGACCCUGCGCCAUGGUCAUCACGGCCACCCAGAUCAUGCAGAUGGUGAUGGGGCUUGCUGUCUUAGGCUUGGUCUACCACUGGAUGCACGAAGUGCGCUGCCCGUCUUACGUGCCCAACAUCGCCUGGGGCUCACUCAUGUACUUCAGCUACCUGCUCCUGUUCGCCUCCUUUUUCUACAAGUCCUACCUCAAGGUUGCCGCUGACAAGGAGUCCAAGGCCAAGUAGGGGCUAGAUUCGUCAGAGGCAAGUUGUAUACUGGGCAAGUCAUAUUUAAGAGUGUGCCUAGUUGAGAAGAAUAUUGCGUUGUGCCAUAAUGUGUGAGUCACAACUGGUUUUUGCUAGUUGCUGGGUCCACGUCAAUUGUGGCAAGCCAAUUUCUUCCCACCCCAACUUUGUAUUGCUGUAGCUCUAAUAACUCACUAGAACCCUGGAUAACACGAUAAUGGAACGGUUGUUGAGAGUGGACAGGGGAACCAGUGCAUGAUCAGUACACAUUAAUAUAAUAUCCCAUUAAAUUUAAAAAAGGCGAUAGAGAGUGCAGCUCAGUUUGAAUAAAAGUACUACUCACUGCAUUUUGAUUUUAUGGCAUUGUUAAUCAAUCUUUUUAACCAGCUGCUUCAGUCAGAAUCUAGUGAAAAACACAGCCAUAUGAGUCCUGAGGUUUCUCCAAGGGCAGUUUACAACCGCGUUUGCAGUCUGCACGUUCAAUGAAUUCGACAGUCACUUACAGGACAUUAUUCAUGCCGAAAGACUCUUAACUUGUAGUGAAAUAUGGUGCUUUUUAGACCAGCGCUGAGAAUUGUCUCACUGUAUUAGACCUCACAACCCUAUAGUAUAACGAAGUGACGAUCAAAAGGAACCAAUGCAGUGAUUAAUGAGGAUAGUUUUUUUCUGUUUUAGUUGUAGGUAAUGGGCUGGGAAUAGGUGGGAGGAGAGAAGCGCAUGGAAAGGAGUGACACUUGGAACAAUGUGUCCAUUGUAAAUAAUAUAUCUUAAGAAUGUAUUUAUUUUCUUAAAAUCUAAAGUCUAUGGUGGUCCUUGGAGUGUACCAGGAAAUAGUGGGACUCAGUUCGUUUCUGCCUGUCUUAAAUUGUGCAGUAUGAGUUGUGCACUUUUGUAUUUGAAAUGUUUUUCUUUACGUCACAACAAUGCACUAUAUUGUUUUAAGUAUUACAUCUCUGUGUGUUCAUUAAAGAAUCGGAAGUCC